UCUGAAACGCAACUAUACUGUGGCGCUGCUGGCUGCCUCUCAUGAUUUGAAGACACACGCAACUCAGUUCUCACACAUGGAAUCGUUGAUCGUCUUGUGAAGCCAAGCGCGCGUGUGUGUGUGUGUGGAACCGGCGGCUGCUUUGCACGCAAACCAAAACACUUCUUCACAUUCGGUCUGUCCAUCGCUGACGGGCUUGUGCGUUUGUUUCUCUUGUGCUCAAUAUUUUUUCACCCCCAAAUAAUUAAUUUUCCUCCGACUAUUUUUCGCAUGUGAGAUUGUUAUUUUCGCCCCGUUCGGAGACAAGGAGGACUAUCCAAGGCUUUCAUUGAAAUCUCCACAUUUUAAGAAGCAACAAUGGAGAAAAUGUCAAGACAUCUCCCCGUGAGUUUUUUACCUUCAGCGACAAACGGCGUCCUCAAAUCCCUGUUGGAAAACCCGAUGAAGCUGCCUCUCCACCAUGAAGUGUACAGCAAGGAGCAGGGGAAGGAGAAGAGCCUGGAAGAGGAAAGGAACGCGCCCCAGUCGGCGUUCCUGGGGCCCACCCUCUGGGACAAGACCCUCCCGUACGACGGCAACAACUUCCAGCUGGAGUACAUGGACCUGGAGGAGUUCCUGUCGGAGAACGGCAUCUCCUCCAGCCCCGCCCAGAACCCCCUCCGCCACCCCCACCACCAGCACCAGCUCCACCCCCACCCCCACCUCCACGACCAGCACCCGCCACAGGCCCCGCCCCCCCCGCCCCAUCGCCAGCCGGCCGUCCAGAUGACCCCCGCCACCCCGGUCACGCCGUCGCCCUCGGUGAUGGACCUCAGCACCCACGAGGCGGUCACCGCGCCCCACCCGUCCGCCAUGGUGUCGCCCACCUGCAUGCACAGCAGUCCCGUCAGAGCAGGCCUCCCCAACUCCAGAAACACACCGAGCCCCAUCGACCCGGACUCCAUCCAGGUGCCGGUGGGCUACGAGCCCGACCCGGCCGACCUGGUGCUGUCCAGCGUCCCGGGACAGGAGAUGUUUGACCCCCGCAAGCGCAAGUUCUCCUCUGAGGAGCUGAAGCCCCAGCCCAUGAUCAAGAAGGCCCGCAAGGUCUUCAUCCCCGAGGACUGCAAGGACGACAGGUACUGGGCCCGGCGCCGGAAGAACAAUGUGGCGGCCAAGCGGUCCCGGGACGCGCGGCGGCUGAAGGAGAACCAGAUCGCCAUCCGGGCGGGCUUCCUGGAGAAGGAGAACAACGCCCUCCGGCAGGAGGUGGGGGAGCUGAGGAAGGAGCUGGGCCGCACCAAGAACGUCCUCACCAAGUACGAGGCGCGGCACGGGGCCCUGUGAGGCCGGGCAGGGGCUGAGACCACACACCAGUGAUGCGCGAGAGGGCGUUUUUUUAACACCCGCCCCAACCCGACCCAAGACAUUUUCCAAACUGCCCCGCCCGACCCGUGGGGAAUUCUGAAGCGGCCCGCCCGACCCUCCAAAUUUGAUAAAAAUAAUAAUAACAACAAAUAAAAUAAAAAGCCUGGGGCUGAGGCUUAUGCCUAAUUUAACACGUAACUAAAUGAGAAGGAUUUGCGCUAAAUUCGCAUUAUUGUGAAACUUCAACGGCAGGUCUACAUCAAACAACAACAACAACGACAGCUUUACGCACUUAUUUAUUGAAGAACUGUUAACAAAUGCGUGGUAGACAUAGCCUAUGUCUAUCUAUGAUGUUCCCACAAACAGACACAUAGCGCAGGCAAUGCACACGCACUAACUCUCAAAACUAUCAAAGGCAAUGUAGCCCAGAUAUAUGACAAUCUGAUUAACUCUUAGCGCAGUUUUGUCUUGGUUGCGGGUUUUGACUUUUUUGACCCGCCCCACCCGAACCCGCGAUACUUAGAGAAAACUGCUACCCAACCCACCCGGCCCGCGGGUGCCCGCGGGUAAUUGGGUAACCCGCGCAUCACUGCCACACACACACACACACACACAGACACACACACACACACACAGACACACACACACACACACGUGCACGCAGACACACACAUACAAGCAGACACACACUCACACACACGCACACACACAUAUAAGCAAACACAAGAACCCCAAACAUGCACUCAGAGACAGACAUCACCCCCCCCCCCCCCCCCCCCCCCCACACCACCCACCCACCUACCAGCCAAAUCUAAGCAAGACAAACAUCCAAACACACAUACUCACACAACCACACACACACUAUUCCAACGACAUGGACACAGCAAGCCAAUCAUCAUAAUCACAAACACACACGCACACACACACCACCCGCUUCUUCUUAACUCUCCUCACAGACUCUUGUAUGGUAACCAUAGCGACUCCGGGAUUACUACACUGCCACUCAUUAACCCCGCCCCGCCCACUCACCUUCAACUGCCCCUGCCCCCGGAGGUGUGAGGAGGACACUAGUUGAUUCACCGCUGCAUCCCCCCCGGCCCCGUCCAGUGCCAUGGUUACACCACUCAGCAUCAUCCGCUCUCUGAACGAAAAAGAAAAAUCGGUGAUAACAACAAUCGCAUAAUCAUUUUUAUUCCUGUUGACACUUGUUAGCAAUGAAUUACACAGACUGUGUUGUAACUUUCGUUUAUCUGUAUCAUUCAUUUUUUUCUCCUGAAAACAAAAUGUCUUUCAGUGAUUUUCCUACAGUGGUCGAGUGGUCAUUGAAUAUGUGUCUGUCUCACCUGGCUAGGUUUCUUGUAGUGCUUGUUGCCAUGGUAGCAGACGUUGUAAACAGGGUAGUGGAAAGAUAAACCAAGGGCAAUGGACUCCUGGUGGAUUUCUAAUUGUUAUUGUUAUUGUUAGCAAAUUGUUAUUUUGGAACGAUACAAAUAUUUGAUACACUUUGAUACACACACACAACAGCUGAUCGUCUGCCUACCGUUGUCCUAAAGUUGGCAUCCAAGGGCCACAAUAUGAACCUGGGUGAAGGGUAUGUCCUAUACUAAAUGAGGUCAAUUUAUAAUAUAGGUGUUGUGUUUGUGGCCCUGCGUCAGGCUCAAUAUUGAUGAUUGUGAAGUUUUCCCCCCUUUGUUUUACAAUCAUACAGCUCUCUGCUGUAUGAUUGUAAAGUCAUCUAACACAAGGUUUUUUUUGUUUCUUCUUCUCAUACGUAUGCUAUUGUAGAGCGUUUCCCUCAACGCCACAACAACUUGUUGAUGUUAAAGUAUAUUGACCUACCCUCUUCUAAAUUCCAAAAAAGAGUUCGAUUUUUCUGCUGUAUUUUGAUAUGAAACCGCAUGUUACGUCAUCAACACUUUCAUACCCUUAAAUCCUGCUCUUGUGUUGAUCUUACUCCUAACAUAGUUAACCACAAAGCUAAGCAGUGCCACUAAUGGCUCACAGAAACACAUGGGGAAAUAAAUUCAUGCACGCUUAUUAAGCAGUUUUUAUUGUUCAAGGUUUGUUUUUAUUGCUUGGUUAUCCUGUUGGUUUAUUUAGGGUGUGGUUCUACUUGAUAACAUGAGCAGAGAUGAUUUUGUCUCUAUUAAUGCCAGACCUGAUAGAUACAUGUUGAAAGAGGUGUGUCAAUGAUGUGACCACUGUAAGUCAUGCAUUCUUCAGUUGCUAUGGUAAUAACAUGAAUGUAUGAAAAGGCAAAAGUUAGGUGGUUCGGAAACAAUAUACUGUAUGUUUUUGUUCUGUCUAUCCUUUAAAAGCAAUAGCUUUAUGUAACGUUGGCUACAUUCCUUUGCCGACUAAAAAUGCUGAUUCACCAACAACUGUCGCACAAUCGCAUGUGUUUCUGUUCAUUCCCCAAAUAUAUCAAAGGUUUUAUUGCAUGAAAAGACAUCGAGCAAGUCUUUAUUUUGAUGGGUCGCUGUUUCAUCGGAUUAAAAAAAAAAAAGUACCAAGAAUCGAAGUACCAUAAUCAAGUAAUGGUUGGUUCUCCUGUACAUUCUAGAUAUGGAUUUAUAUAUCCCGGCGUUGACAGAUAAGAUUAGCAACCUAUAAUAAGCUGCCAUGGUGUGUUUUAUUUGGUUCAAUGUCAAUUUCCUUUUCUUUGGUGCAAUAGAUGCUUCUCUUGGGUUUCUGCCUGCUUGUCAUGUCCAAUUUCCACACAGAUGAGGUUGCCCCCUGGUGGCGUCAGAGAGAUGAAUGUAUUUCUGAUGUACACAGUUGGUUUAGUUGACUAUUGAUGUCUUAUACUCGGGAGUAGCUAAUCACUUCAAUGCUCUUUAUUACAGACCAAAAAAUCUAUAAAUACAAAAUAGAGGAUAUAAUGAUAUUAAAGGUUAUAAUGUUUAUACAGAGAUAAUAUUGUUUCUUUUUGUACAUUCUGUUUAUAUAUUUCCUGUGUAUUUUGGCAACGGCUAUAUAAAUCGAUAUAUAUUUCUGUAUCAAUAUAUUUAUAUAUUAUAUUCUUCAGAGAGCUAUAUUAUUGCCGAUAUGCCAAGCCUGGGCUUUUCAAGCCCUUUAAACAGGCUUGUAUUUUUUUCGCGUGACUCGACAUGACUUGACAGAAAGUGGAAGGUUAAAUCCCAAAUUCUUUCUAAUCAUUGUCCUGCUAAGUUUAAAAUACCAGAACCUGAUUAUUCUUUCUCCUUUAUACUCCAUACGAUUUUCACAGCCGAAGUUUUGCUGUUUUGGUCUGGACCUGAAACCCAAGGCAUAUCUGUUUAUUUGUGAUUGUUGUAACUGCUUUUGCAAGUUAGUCUUUUUUCUUUUGAAAAAGGAUUGGCGCACUUUAGUGUCGACGCUACUUUUAUGUAGGCUAUAGUGUCAUGGCUGUUCAUGGCCCAGAGGAAUGUAUUCACCCAACGUAAAACACUUAGGCCUACUUCUUAUUUUCUUUCUUUCAUUUUUUUUCCUCAGAUGAGUUCUGUGAUUGUGACCAGAUGUUACGUUUUCUCAGGCAUCCUUCGGUGUCUAGUCCGAGGUUUGAGAAGGCCUGAUUCUGUGUUUCCGAUAUUUUUCAUUGUCCUCGAUUGUGUUUUAUCAUUAGUUCAUCAAAAUAUGAAAAAAAAAAUAAAACUGGGAAAAUUCA